AUGUCUUUCGAAAAGAAACCAGUUACCGCCUCCAAUGCACCUGCACCUCCACCUUUCCUGUCGCAGGCCAUCUUGAUGGGCGACUUCCUCUUCUGUUCCGGACAAGUUGGCUGCCACCCCGAGACCGGCGCACUUAUCGAAGGCUCAAUCGGAGAGCGAACCAAACAAAUUCUUUCAAACCUCCGUGCCGUUUUAGAAGCCGGUGGAACUAGCCUGGAAAACGUUGUGAAGUGUAACAUUUACCUCACGAGCAUGAGCGAUUUCGCUGCUGUUAAUGAGGUUUACGCGGCAACAUUCACGAAGCCGAUGCCUGCGCGUACUUGUGUUUGCGUGAAGGAAUUGCCACUGGGGACGGAUGUUGAGAUUGAAUGUAUCGCAGGUGUUCCGAAAUCCAAGCUUUGA